AGCAAAAAAAUGUAUGAUAAUUGCAUCCAGUAAACAAAAUUGUAAAAGGUCGAGUAAUCUGCAUUUGUGGCUUUGACUGUUUCUUCACAUUAACAACCACAACACUUAUUCCAAUUGUGAUGCUUCCACGAUGCCACGAUGGCAACGACUUUCAGAAAUUGCCACUUGUCGCCGAAUUUUAUUCGCAAUGCUCACCAGCGGCUUUAUUGUGAAUGCAUUCGUGAAGGCUAUUUUUAACAUAGCGAUAGUCGCAAUGGUCGCGAAAGAUCAGCCAAACACAUUCGACUGGAGCGAAGCCCAGAAGCAGGAAAUCCUCGGAAUUUUCUUCUGGGGUUUUGCUAUCACAAAGUUCCCGAGCGGAAGACUAGCCGAGAUAAUCGGUUCUCGUAAAGUCACCGGAUACUCAAUGGCCGUUGCUGCGGUUUUAACCGUUCUAACCCCAGUUAUCGCAUCUUUCAACUACUACGCCCUGUUGGUGUCUCGAGUCAUCAUGGGGUUUGUGAUUGGGGCCAGUUGGCCCGCUUUGAUGCCCUUGGUGUCAAACUGGAUUGGGCCCACAGAACAUUCAAUGUUCAUGACAGCGUUAGCAUCGACUUCCAUUGGGUUCGGGUUAGCGUCUCUUGUAGGUGGUGUGUUGAUUGCCCAUUAUGGGUGGCCGAGUAUUUUUUACACUGCGGGAGGGGUUGCACUUUUAUGGGCGAUUUUAUGGUUCUAUUUCAUCUACGACUCGCCACGACAACAUCCAAGGAUAUCACGAGAGGAGCGAGACGAGAUUGAAAGUAGAAUCAAGACAGAUUUUAGGAAAGUUAAACUGAAGUUCAAUGAUAUUCCCUGGAGACGAAUUUUUGCUUCUGGCCCAGUCUGGGGGAUUGCAAUUGCCCAAAUGACGAGUUUUUUCGCCACAAUGACCAUAACCACGGAACUACCGUCUUAUYUGGAUCAAGUUUUGCAUUACAAUAUUUCAGAAAAUGGUGUUAUGGCCAGUUUGCCAAAUUGGGGGGUGUAUGUAACUUCGAUAGGGAGUGCAUAUAUAGCCGACCGACUUUUACGCACCAACACUUUAUCGACUACCAGUGUGCGAAAAAUUUUCGGAACGACUGCGUUUCUCAUCCCGGGCAUUUUCAUGGUAAUUAUGGCCUUCCACGGAGAUGUUGCCACAGUCGUUUUAGUUUCAUUCUCCAUAACUUAUGCUGUAAAUGCGUUUUCUGUCGCUGGUCACCUUGCGAAUAUGUUAGACAUCUCUGUGAAUUUUUCUGGGACCAUUUGUGGCAUUGUCAACACUGUGUCAGCCCUCACGGUGUAUUUUUCAACAAGGAUUGUAGGAAUGUUGGUACGAAAUGGGCACUCGUUUGAGAAUUGGAGACCCCUGUUUUGGAUUUUGGCCGGGGUUUAUUGCUUUGGAGCCGUGAUGUAUUUUAUUUUGUGUUCGGGAAAAGUGCAAAGUUGGGACUUACGCGAGCCCGAGAGGGAACCUCUCAAGAAAGAGGAAAACCGAAGAAAAGUCACUGAAGAUAUCGUUUUUUAAUAAAGUUUUAGUAUUUAACUA